UCGUCUUCUCUAACGUCUUGGAACAUGCCACAAAUGGAACUGGUCUCAUUUUAAAUUCUCAUCUUUACAAAAAUGGAUAGCAAAUUGGAACAUCGAUCAAAAAUUGCACUGUUUUUCCUCAUUCUUGGAGCAGUCGUCUUUGCCCUGCUCUUUCUAACUGCGCCCAAGCCCAAGUCGGGUCCCACCAUCCGCGUGUUGCACAUUUCCUACGCAGACCAAUCCAUGACCACGACCAAGCUCAAACCAACCAUCCCAAAUACGGUCGUGAUAAACGUCGAGGAGUUAAAAUUAUCUCCAAACGUGCAGCAAUUCUAUCGGAACAAUAUCGUUCUCGAGUGUGCGGCCGAUUUUCCUGUCAUGUGGCAGUAUUCUGGUCAAGGGACACCGCACGUCCGAGUUCACGACACUCGAAAGUAUGACGACUUUAACGACACGACGACCUACUCCUACCUCAGCUCGCUGAACCUCAUGCCCAUCUCGGAGACGAGUUCGGGACGAUACUCUUGUCGUGGACUGGGUGGUGGUAGUGACGACGACGGAGUAUUUGAUUUUGUUCAAUUAUUCGUCCCUGGCCCUAAAGUGUUCCUCCUUCAGACCGACAUCAACAUAGAGUCUGACCUCAGCCAAGAGAUGUUGAUUCCAUGUCAAGUUUCCGAUCCUGCUGCGAACGUGUCCCUUCUUCGGAAGGGGGACGUGGUUGAGGACAAGUUUAUAAAAUGGUAUCGUCCAGCAAGCGGCUUUGCGUUGAAUGCUAAAUUCAUGGAGGAACAGGACGCUCCACUCGCAGCUUUCUUUGUCUGUCAGGACAGAAAUACGAAGCGGAGGUCGGGCAAGGUCACACUGUCACUCAAAAAAGAUUUAUUAGUCCUGGUUCAACCCUCCACUGAAACGGUCACUUUGAAUUCGGACGGAUCCAACGCCACAACAUUUUCAUGCCACGCUAAGGAAAAUAUAACUCUCAAGUUCAGACGGAUCCAGAAAUUUCGUCGGGUACAGCAUGCUAUCAACUCGUCUGCAGACUUUGGAUUCACAGCUUUUGUCACCUUCGAAAGCAGUGAUGUGAAGGAGGGAUCAUUCAUCAGUUGCAUUACGGUGUCACAAGGGUCCCUAUUGCAUGGGUGGACGGUGUCCUUGGCCCAAUCGGAGGAAAUGCAAGACCAGACCAUCAAACUCACCUACAAGGACGACACGAACGAGUACACGUGCUGCGGAACUGCCACGAAUCGACCCAAACUGGCCAUGUUGUCAUGUUAUCACCCCGUCGAAUGUGCCGUCCUUUACGACUCGUGUCCACAUUUGAGUGGUUCUUUAGAAGACAUCAGCAGCAGCAAGAGUUGCGGGGAUCAGGUCUCGCCAAGGUUUUCCGAACGAGGGACAUGCCUCCCCUAUAAAGUGGAUUACGCGACGGGGGGCGGUGGUGGAAAUGCGUCCAUGGGUCAGUUGAGGUGUGGUCCGAUGAGUAAAGGGACCGGAGCAGAGUGGCAUUAUUUCGUCAACAUCAAAUCAGAGAAUGACACCGUUGUCCAAGACUUUGGAGUAUCGGACCUUGGCCAGACCCCCACCACCAUUCCCAACCCAAUUGAUCCCAACAACUUGGCCGACUUUCUCCUUGGCGUGGAAACCAUAUACAACAGGACCACUUCUGCAGGGACAUCGUACAAGUAUGGCUGCAAGGGACCAAGAUUUUUUUUUGCUGCCGGUUUCAUGUGGCAAGUAGUGCGUCAAAAUGGACUACUGGAGUAUGUACAAGGGAUAGACCACUUUGACGGAGCGUGGGUCGUGAGUGAGAUCCAAUUUGAGGAUACUUUCUCAAGAAAAGUAAGGAAAAUUUACUGCAUCGCUCCCCUUUGGAAUUCAGAAACACGCUUCGUACUAAAAACCACCACCGCACAUGUCCCCAACACCUAGAUAGCCCCACAAAAUUCGAAUGUGGUUUUUUGUAGUUAUGCUUGUAAUGUAGAACACAAAUGAAUAAUAAUGUGUAUUUGUAAAUCUCGAUAAAAAUUCCGAAUUGAUAAAAUAUUUGAAUAAUGGGAGUUGUAACUUAAUUUUGGCAACGCUCAUUUUCGUCACACUUUACAAUUAGACUAGAUUAUGUAUUGUGUAUGUAAUACUUUUAUUUCAUUCACUCCACAUUACAUUCUACAUAUGACAUAGAUUAC